AUGGGCGGGAUCACAAGCCACGGGACAAUAGAGACAAGGACAAGGACACGCGAGAUUGGGAAAGGGACACCCGAGACAGUACCCGAGACAGGGGCAGUACCAGAGACAGGGGCAGUACCAGAGAUAGAGACAGUACCAGAGAUAGGGACAGUACCAGAGAUAGGGACAGUACCAGAGAUAGGGACAGCAGGGGUCGCAGAGACGAGGUGGAGCGUGCCAGUAGGAACAGAGAGGACCUGCGCGACGUACGAGAGAGUCGCCUCAAUCAGAAUAGCCGCGCAGUGUCUCGGGGUGCGAGAGAUUCCACGAUCAACACGGG